AUGUUCUUGCAUAAUUUGAGCAAAAAAUUCGGCACCGAAAUGCAUGAUAUAUGGGAUAAUUUUGGCCAAGAUUUCACCUAUCCCGGCAAUAUACCCACCUAUAUGGAAGAAUAUUUCGAAGAGGAUGGCACGGGAACAGGUACUGGCACGGGGUCGGGCAACAUGCAAUCGGCCACGGGGACGGCCAGUACCUUUGCCAAUUCGUUUGGAGGUGGUGGCCUCUUUGCCACAAUUGGAUCGGAACAUACUCCGGGUAGCAUACAAUGCCUGCCUAUGCCUGGACCCUUUUUACCCUGUGCCGAUUUAUUUGAUUGGUGGACGCUGCGCUGUGGUGUGUGGGUUGUAUUCCUCUUGGCCCUGCUCGGCAAUGGUACUGUGGUAUUUGUGUUGAUUUUUUCUCGCUCCAAAAUGGAUGUGCCCAGGUUUUUGGUUUGUAACCUGGCUGCGGCGGAUUUCUUUAUGGGUGUGUAUUUGGGUAUCCUGGCCAUUGUGGAUGCCUCCACACUGGGAGAGUUUCGUAUGUUUGCCAUACCCUGGCAAAUGUCGGUAAUGUGUCAAAUUGGUGGCUUCUUGGCGGUGCUGUCAUCGGAAUUGUCGGUCUAUACCCUGGCGGUGAUUACCUUGGAGCGGAAUUAUGCCAUAACCCAUGCCAUACAUUUGAAUAAACGGCUAUCGCUGAAACAGGCUGCCUAUAUUAUGGCAGUGGGAUGGACAUUUGCCCUAGUCAUGGCCGUGCUGCCAUUGGUUGGUGUAUCGGAUUAUCGGAAAUUCGCCGUGUGCCUACCGUUCGAGACAACAACUGGCAUUGCCAGUUUGAGUUAUGUCAUAGCUUUGAUGUUUAUUAAUGGGUGUGCAUUUCUCACCCUGAUGGGCUGUUAUUUGAAAAUGUAUUGGGCGAUACGGGGUUCACAGGCCUGGAAUACGAAUGAUUCAAGAAUUGCCAAGAGAAUGGCUUUGUUGGUUUUUACGGAUUUUUUAUGUUGGUCUCCGAUUGCUUUCUUUUCGAUAACGGCGAUUUUUGGUCUGCAGUUGAUAUCCCUGGAACAGGCAAAGAUUUUCACGGUCUUCAUACUGCCACUGAAUUCGUGCUGUAACCCCUUUCUCUAUGCGAUUAUGACGAAGCAGUUUAAAAAGGAUUGUGUAAAUCUGUGUAAGCACUUCGAAGAGACAAGGGUGACGAGAAGUGCUGGGGCCAUGGCCCGAGGUAGGGGUAUGACAACGGGAGAGAGAUUACCCAAAGAGUUACCACCCCUACUGCCGGCAGUACAUCCACCGGGAUGCCGAUGUCUGCGCAUGAUGCCCGGCGAGAUGCCCAUUUGGCAUCGUAUCCAAGAAAAGGAAGGUUCCAUAUGGUCACGCAGUUGGCAGCGAUUAUGGGCAUGGUGUUCCUGUUGUGUCACCUGCUGUGAACGUAAUAGGCCUCAGCGGCUGGAUAAGCGGCGGGGUCGUGUCAGUAGAGGUAAUAAAAACGAUCCCUACCAAUAUCCAUUCUCUGAAAUGAAGCAGAAGAAGCAGCUGAGAGCCAGUUCAAUAUCGAGUGAGAAUUUUUGCUCUUCACGGUCGUCAAGUUGGCGUAAUGGUACGGCAACAGGGCAGCAUUUGGCGGGCCAUGCGCAUGGUCAUACUUGUUCGAUACCCAUGAAAAUGAUGGAUCCCAAUCGAAGAAGGCAUUCGACGUGGUUGAUAACAAGGAAGACAUCACAGGACUCGAAUUUGUCUUCAUCGAGGAAUGAUUCCUCGGCCUCCGCCACAACGGCCUCAACUUCGACAUUUAGGUUGUCCAGGUCCAGUGCGGGGAGUACCACUCCGCUACCAUCCAUAAUAACCCAUCCGAACAAACAGCAUCAGCACCCACAGUUUUCUUCGACCCUACCCAAACCCCGUUUGGUACGCCAGGAGGCUGUACAAGAGGAGGAGGACUCCUCACCACCCCGGUUGGGGGUACGUUUUCUACCCACCAUACCGUCGGCGGCCGAUAGUUCGGUGGUCAUGGAAGAUGGUGAUUCGGGACUUAGUCCAGAAUUCACUGGGCUUUAUGCUGCCCUGCAAAAAUCGCAACAGCCUUUAACGGUAAAGGCCAUAGUUAUUGCUUCGCAAAAUUCUCCAGUAAAUACCUCACACUCAUGUAGUCAUAGUCGGAGAGAUCCGCCACAAUCACCUCAGACAGUAACCACGCCGCUAUCACCGCCACCAGUGGCACAACCACCUCAUGGCGAACCACCUGAACCCCAAGAUAAGCCACCAUGA